UCUCUCUACCUCACAUUUUCUCUGUUUCUCAAACUUUCUCGUCUAAGAAAAUACCUCACAUUCGCUAAAGCUUGAGUAAUCGGAAAAAAAUGGCUGGAGGUAUCGGAAAAUGUAGCAAGAUCCGGCACAUUGUGAAGCUGAGGCAAAUGCUCCGGCAAUGGCGGAACAAGGCGCGAAUGUCUUCUGUCAGACGAUCUGUGCCGUCGGAUGUGCCGUCAGGACACGUGGCGGUCUACGUUGGGAGCAGUUGCAGGAGAUUUGUGGUGCGCGCGACGUAUCUGAACCAUCCAAUCCUGAUGAAUCUCUUGGUUAAGGCUGAAGAGGAGUUCGGUUUUGCUAACCAGGGACCGUUGGUUAUCCCAUGUGAAGAAUCGGUUUUUGAGGAAUCGAUUCGGUUUAUAACUCGGUCAAGUCGGUUUACUUGUAUCGAUGAUUUAAAGAAGAACUGCCACGAUGGUAUUAGAAGCAAGCUGGAUCUUUUGAUGGAAUCUCGGCCAUUGCUUCACGGCGUCUCUGAGAAGGCUAUCAUUUGGUGACCAGAAAGAAAAUCGUCAUUCAAUUCUGACCCGGUUUGGCUCGGUACGAGUUUACUCGUAAUUGCAGAGUUUUGAAUAAUCGGCUGAUUCAAUC